AUUGAGGGACUGAUAUUGUAAACGACAGACAGACACACUUCAAUUUGAUGAAUCGAUCAAUCGAUCUCCUUCCUUCAUCUCCCCGUAAAGAAAUAUAAAAUUCAACGCUCCUCUCAUCUCAUCUCAUCUCAUCUCAUCUGGAUCCAAUCAAACACAACACCAAUUCCACUUCCCCAUUCAUAAAAUUCAACAAAACAUCAAUCCCCCCAAAAAGACCAAACCCUAACUUGUAAAUUAUGGUCUUCCUCCUCAUCCCCAUUGAAACAGUAAAAAUUCCCUACGCAUUCGGACCAUAAAUAAAUGGCUUCUUCUAAGUUUAUGUCUUCUUCCACUUCCAUAAAUUCGGAUCUUAUCAGACGUAAUUCUUCUUCCACAAAUAACAUGACCGUUGACGGCCACCAACCACCUGCGGCAGAUACCCCCGCAGCGGCUUCAUCGAAGAGUGUGGACGAUGUUUGGAAGGAGUUUGUGGCGGGGCGUAGUCUUAAGCAGGAAGUGCCGGAUGAGAUGAUGACGCUCGAGGAUUUCUUGGCCAAGGCAGGUGCAGUUGAGGAAGAAGAUGUUAAAAUUCCACCUCCACGUUUACCGAGUGGAUCGAUUUUCGGUUUUGAUAAUCAUCCGCCAAACGUCAAUGUGGAUGGGUUUGGUAUUGGAGCGGAAGAGGUAGGAGGGAGAGGGAAAAGAAGAGCAAUCUUGGAGACGUUAGAUAAGGCUGCUCAGCAGAGGCAAAGAAGGAUGAUUAAGAAUCGCGAGUCGGCUGCAAGGUCUAGAGAACGCAAACAGGCAUACCAAGCUGAAUUGGAAUCUUUAGCAGUGAAAUUGGAAGAAGAGAACGAGACAUUAAUGAAAGUAAAGACGGAGCAGGCUAGAAAAAGGUAUAAGCAGCUGAUGGACAACAUAAUUCCAGUUACAGAGAAACAAAAACCAAGACGAUAUGUGCUCAGGAAAGUCCGAUCCAUGGAGUGGUAAUUAUCAGGAAGGAAGGAAGAUGAGAUAUAGAUGCAUGUUGCAAAGGGAAUGUGAUAUGUAGCCUGUGCUUCGCUAAAAGUUAGUGGCCUGUUUGGACCCGAUGCGCAACGAAUAGUCUCUGGAUGCUGAAAGAAAGACCACAUUUUUGUUGAAAAUGCUUGUUUUAUAUUAUGAAACAUAGAAGAAGCUGAAUGAAUGGAGUUGUUAAUUUGUUUUCUUGGUAGAUUCAUUUUUAGAGCGAAUGAAGCCAAAAAAGACAACGAUUAGAGACAUAAGUAGCGUUGAUCCAGCUAUUAUAGUAGUAGUAGUGGAAGAAGAAGAACUCUUUUCUGUU